CGAUCUUCCGCUAUAAAAUCCUCCUCCCAUUCCUUGCUUUGAUGUCAAGCGAAACUAACCCAUUUCCUUGCCCGGUUGAUCGAUCUGUACCUAGCUGCUAGCUUCUCGAUCUUGUCUUGCCUCUCCUUGUUUGCGGCCGGUCCGGCAAUGGCUCGCAAGAAAGUGACCCUCCAGUGGAUCCCCAACGACGCGACACGGCGCGCCACGUUCAAGAAGCGCCGCAAGGGGCUGAUGAAGAAGGCGAGCGAGCUGGCGACGCUGUGCGACGUCAAGGCCUGCGUGGUGGUGUACGGCGAGGGCGAGGCGCAGCCAGAGGUGUGGCCAUCGGUGGCCGAGGCGGUGCCCAUCCUGAACCGCUUCAAGGACAUGCCGGAGCUGGACCAGUGCAAGAAGAUGAUGAACCAGGAGGACUUCCUCCGGCAGCGGAUCGACAAGCUCCGGGAGCAGAUCCACAAGGCGGGCCGAGAGAACCGGGAGCGCGACACCACGUCCCUCGUGCACAAGGCCAUGGUGGGCUGCCUCCCGGGCCUAACGGGCCUCACCAUCGAGGAGCUCACGAGCGUGGGCUGGAUGGUGGAGAUGCGGCUCAAGGGCCUCAGCGACCGCAUCGCCAGCGUCCGCGGCCAGAACGGCGGCCAACACCAGAUCCAAGCGUCGUUUCCGGCUCCCUACGGCGCCGCUGGCAACAUGAUGGCCGACACGGGGGCUCCGUCGUCUCAGAUGUAUAUCCAGGCGCCGCAGAAGGAGGCUGCGGGCUGGCUUGACAUGGUGAGGUCCGGCGGCGACCUCGGCGCCCUGGUCUACAGUGGCUACGCCGGUGGCAGCGGUGCCGGUGAUGGCAUGGCGCAAUUUUCCAAUCUGGGCGCGGGCUUCUCAUGGGCCUGGGGCGCUGAUGCUGGCCCUUCCGGUUCGUCUUUCCUUCCCAUGUAAGGAGGCUUUCCUCACCCACUGCAUGCAUGCAUGCAUGCAUGGCCAUGUCCCAGCUGCGUGCUUGUCUCGUUUCCUGAUCUCGAUCUCGAUCGUUUAUUGAUUAUUAUUCUCUUUUAUAUGUACCUUCUCUAUUUCAUCGAAAGGUCCCUAGUCUCAUCCCAUCUUAGAAUCGCUUGCCGUACAUGUCUUUCUUGUGUCGUGCCAUCUGUCUUAUGCUCCGUGAACAGAAUAUAUAUAGUUUUACUUUUCAUGUUGUAAUCAUGCCGUCCUUGUCCGGCCGGGUU